AUGAGCCAGCCAGUGGCCCCGGAACUUAAUGGUGAAGUUGUCAAGCCCGAGAUUUGCUCUGCGUCCGAUGAUCAAUCCUCACCACAGCCGACCAAGGCCCUGGCCUUAGCUAUGGAAUCAUCUUCGGACAUAGAAGGCUCUGUGAAGUCUCGAAGCAAAUGGCGCACCACUGUCCUAUUGCUUGCGCUGCUUCUUCAGCUUUCACUCUUCGUUGCGGCUCUCGACGCCACCAUCGUUGCCACCUCCGCAUCAGUCAUUGCCGACGAUUUGAAGUCGGCAAGUGGCUAUGUCUGGAUUGGAGGUGCUUAUCUGCUGGCUGACGCCGCCAGUGGCCCAACCUGGGCAAAAGUAUCCGACAUCACUGGGCGCAAAGUGAUUCUUCUCGUCGCUGUGGCCAUCUUCUUUGUCAGCUCCAUCAUCUGCGCAACGGCUCGCACCAUGCCCACUCUAAUUACCGGCAGAUCAAUCCAAGGAUUGGGUGGCGGAGCUAUAAUCCUUCUUGUACACAUAAGUAUCAGCGAUCUCUUCAGCAUGCGUCAACGCAGCUUCUUUAUGGGCCUGUGUGAGUGUGUCUGGGCCGCCGCUGGUGCAAUCGGCCCCAUCAUUGGCGGCUUGUUUACAAGUUUAAUUUCAUGGCGCUACUGUUUCUGGAUAAACCUUCCAAUCGCCGGCUUGGCCUUCCUGAUUCUCUUGUUUUUCUUCGAUACUAAACACGACAACACAUCAUGGUCAGAUGGGCUCAGGGCAAUCGACUGGUACGGGAUGAUUACCUUCCUUGGGUUCGCAGUGCUCAUCCUGGUUACACUCAACUUUGGCCCUAUUUCAUCCUGGAACUCGCCCAUGGUCAUCGCUAUGUUCGUCAUUGGCGGAGCCCUUUUUUUUGCUUUUAUCUACAGUGAGUAUCGACUAGCCAAGUUUCCCAUUAUACCGCUGCGGCUGUUCAAGAACCGCAGCAACGUCGCUUGCUGUUGCCUUGGCUUUUCUCACGGCAUGUGCUUGAUAGCCGCAGAUUACUUUCUGCCGCUUUUCUUUCAGUCAGCCUUACAAGCCACGCCAUUAAGGUCUGGAGUUCUUCUCCUCCCAACGCUUCUGACCACCUCACUGGGCGGUCUCAUCUCCGGAAUCACAAUCAAGUUAACCGGUCGAUACUUGGAAUUAAUCUGGAUCGGCUCAAUUUUCCUUUGUGCAGGUACAGGUUCCUUUAUUUCCUUCGAUAUGAAUUCUCCGAUCGCCCAGAUUAUUGGCUGUCAGAUCUUGUUUGGACUCGGCAGCGGCCUCCUCAUUGAGCCUCCCAUCAUUUCCAUUCAGACGUCCGUGUCCCAGCAAGACGUUGCCUCCGCCAUCUCCACCUUUACAUUUAUACGCUCCGUGUCCCUGGCUGUCUCCAUUGUGGUUGGUGGUGUAGUUUUUAAUGGAUCAAUGCAGCAGCAGCACGAUUAUCUGAGCCAAGCAGGCUUGCCAGCAGACAUCCUUGGACGUCUAUCAGGGAAGGAGGCCGCUGCCAAUGUGCAUAUUGCCAGCCAACUGGCUGAUCGCGCACAAGUUUCAGCUGUGAAGCAGGCAUUUUCUUCGAGCAUUAGCAACAUGUUCAAGAUGUACACUGGCUUUGCCGUAUGUGCCCUGAUUUCUGGCUUGUUUGUGCGGUGGGCAUUUUUAGAAAAGAAACAUGUUGAGACUGUGACAGGUAUUAAGAAAGAGGGUUAG